AGCUGUGUCUGUCUGUCAAUGUGUCGUUGUUUACCGCAAUUUUUUACCUCUCGUUCCCCCGACGUUUAUCUCCUCGGGACAUAGUGUAAUAAUUCGGCGUUUUCGAUUCGUUCGGUGAACGUGUGAAACGUGUUUGUGUCGUGCCUAGUAUUUUACUUGUAACACAUUAUAUUUAUAUAAUUUCGCCUUCUUCUGUUUAACGCCAAAAUAUGGCCGACAAAGACAACGAAGAGGUGGAGUUGACGAUCGCUGACGAGGCGGUGGUCACCAAGUACAAAACGGCUGGAGAAAUCGCUAAUCGUAAGUAGUCGCUAGUCGCUUGUGUUCUUCUGGAUGUUGCCGAUUUCACUUAACUUAAUGUCGAAUAGUAGCUUUAUUAAAAAUCAGUAUCGUCUAUCUCAUGGACAUAUUCAAUCCUCAUAUCCUCCGUUGGCUUUUGGCCCGACGAAUAGUUAUUGUUGUGUGCCAACAACGCGCCAUAACAUCGUUCGACAUAACCUUAAAACGUGUACAAAAAUGAGAAUUUCCAGGUACAUAGAUGACCAGUGCACAGUUGGAUUCAAUAGAAAGAAUACUUUGUACCUACAAUACUAUGAUAGCUUGAACAACUAUGUCUUCAAAAUAAAGCAAAUUGAUCCUACAAAUUUUGUAUGCCCAUCUUUGGAAAAUUAUUUUACUUGCCUGUUUCUUUGUUGAUAUUUCAUAUAGAUGACAAAAAAAAUUUUCAUUUUUAUUGCACUUUAUAUUUGUACGGUUACUAUGAUUACGUUGUAUGAAAUUUUCAUUUACCUAUCUAUAGCCACUUGUUACUCUACUUUCUUUGAAAUUGUAUUUCUGUUGCUCAAUUCAGUAGUAUGAUUAUUUGUAGAAUGUGCCGGUCUCCUCAACAUUGCCUGCCUUAUUCUCUCAACAUUUUUUGGGAUUGCUACAGUUCUUUGAGGGCCUGGUGGUUUCAUCUCUAUCAGUGUUUCUCUUGUCUGAAGUUAAUGAACCUAUUGUAGAAUGAUUUUUAGCAGUUAAAAUGCACACAUAUCAAAAUGUAAUCUAAAUCGCUGCUGCGUAUUCAUUAUUAAAUUAUUCGUUUGCAUGUAGGUAUUGUAGGUAUAAUCGCUAUUGAUAACUUUGGUGGCAUAAUGUAGAAAGUUAUUUGUUACCACCCAAAAGAGCGGUAUUUAAUAUCAAAUUAACCCUAUCGGACUAAUAUCCGCACCGAAUCCUUAACAUACCAUAUUGUAUUUAAUUAUAAAAAGUUAAUAUCCAAGUAUGUUUAUAUACCCUAUUAGUUAAUUGCAUAUUUGGAUUUUGCUUGUUAGUUAAGACAUGUAUGUUAAAUAAAAUAAAAUAUAUAAUAGAUAUUUCUGUAAUAUUAGCUAGGUACAUGUACGGAUUACAUUUUUAUUUUAAAGACAAAUUAUCAUAUUUUUUAGGAGUUCUUGUUGAAAUUAUUGAAAAGUGUAUUGAAGGUGCAUCAGUUCGUGAUAUAUGUAUAUGGGGAGAUAAUUUGAUACUAGAAGAGACUAGUAAAGUAUUUAAAAAAGAAAAAGAAAUGAAAAAAGGUAUUUUAUAUUAAUUACCUAUGCAAAACAUUGUUUUAUGUUCUAUGAUUUUUAUUUUUAUUUUUAGGUAUUGCUUUUCCAGUUUGUAUCUCUGCAAACAGCUGCAUUUGCCACUUUUCACCUAUUAUGAGUGAACCAGAUCAUGUAAUAGCUAAGGAUGACGUUUUGAAAAUGUAAUUUUUUUUUUAACUUUGCUUAAAUCAUCACAAUUAACUUGUGUGAAUGUAUACAAUUUCCAGAGAUUUAGCAGUUCAUAUAGAUGGUUUUAUUUCUAUCGUUGCUCAUACUAUUGUUGUGGGAAUCAGUUCUGAUAAUAAAAUCAAUGAUAAAAGAGCAGAUUGUUUCUUAGCUGCUCAUUUUGCAUCUCAAGCAGCGUUACGACUGAUGAGACCUGGAAAUGAUGUGGGCAUAUCUUAUAUAAAAUAAUGGAAUAAAUACAGUUUAGCACCGAUGCUUGUUCUUCAAUUUCUUUUUUAUUUCAAAAUGUGUGUGAUAAUCAUUGAACUCAAAAAUGUUCAUACAAUUUUAAAUAUUUUGUUAAAAAAAGCGGCAAAAAGCAAUUUUUUUCUCUAUAUAUAGACUGAUUUUAAUGUUAAAGAUAAUCAUGUAAUCAAUAUAUAUUGGAAACUUGUUUUAGAAGUUAUAUAGUGAUUUAAAAAUAAAUGUAUUGUCAAGGCACAUAGAAGAUCAUUAUGUAUAUAUAUGUUUCACAUAUGUAACCAUAUGUAAAACCUUGUCAGUUAACAUAAUAAAUUAUGUUUUUUGAAUUUUUUUUAAUUUUAACUUAUAAUAUAAAAAAGUGCAAAUAUUUUUUGAAACAUUUAUGACAGUGCAUUAAAACAUACAUUUAGAAGAAGAAAAAUAUGAGCAAUGAUGCUAAACUGCAUUUAUACCAAAAUAAUAAUUAUUGUAUUGUAUAAUGCCAUUAUAAUAACUUAUUUAUUUUUAGACUUACCAAAUCACUGAAAUGAUUAUGAAAGUUUGCAAAGAAUUUGAUUGCAAGCCAGUUGAGGGUAUGCUUAGCCAUCAAUUAAAACAAUUUAAAUUAGAUGGACCUAAAUCAAUUAUUCAGAAUCCAACCGAAUCACACCGUAAAGACCAUGAAAAGGCAACAAUUGAAGCCAAUGAAGUUUAUGCCUUAGACAUACUUGUUAGUACAGGAAGUGGUGCUGCUCGUGAGACAACUGCGAAAGUAUCUAUUUUUAAGAAAACUGAUGAAGUAUAUCCUUUGAAACUUAGAGCGUCUAGGUAAAUAACUUUGAAACUUAUUUAAACCUAUUGAAACUUCAUUUUACAAAAUACCAUUUUCAUUACAAAAUUAGCAAUUAAUAUAACAAUAUACAUAGUCUUCUGCUUAUAUUUUUUAUAUAAUAAACAAAAUAGUUUCCCUUUCAUUUGAGUUAGUAUUUAACUUCAAUGAAUCAUGUUAUUGAAUAAAAUGGUUAACAUUGUUUAUAAAUUUAUUUGGUUAUAAUUUUCAGUUUUGAUAUUUUUAUUUAUCUUGUUACUUUGUCUUUGUCUAUUUUGUUUGUAAAUCUUAGUAACUUUUUAGAAACAAUUGAGAAGAAUCAAAAUAAUAAUGAAGUUCAGGCACUGGGCAGCUUAGUGGUAGACUUAAACGAGUCAUCUAUGAUUGAUUUAUGAUUACUUACCAAAUUUUUAGCAUUAUUUUCCAAAUUUUUAUAAAACUGGUAACGUUGUUAAAGCUGCUGGAUAGCAUAUGUUAAAAUGCUAUUCUUCUAAUAUGGCAAAACUGUGUUCUUCGUGAUAAACAAACAAAAAGCCUUUAAAUUGGUUUUGAUAAAACAAAUAUUAUAAAAUUUACAAAUAACAAUAUUUUAAAAAUGUCAUGGGUGUUUUUGUGUAAAAAUAUGUUUGUUAUAUUAUGUACUAAAAAGAAGAGAAAUAGCAAAUGUCAAUGUGAUAUUUUUUUAAGUGUUGAAAACAGACAUCAAUUAAUCUUUUGUCUUAUAGGUUCUUAAUAUUGUUAGUACAACAAAUAUCUAUUUCAUUAAGAAGUGAAUUUUUGGUGCAAUUUUAUUUAAAAAAACUUAUUUUUUUUUUUUUUUUAUAGAAUAUUUUACACUGAAGUUAUUCAAAAACACAAUAUAAUGCCUUUUAAUUUGAGAAAUUUUGAAGAUGAGAAGAAAGCUAAAAUGGGUGUGGUGGAAUGUGUAAAUCAUAAACUUAUAGAACCUUUUCAAGUUCUUUUUGAAAAAUCUGGUAAAUUGUUUAAUAAUUUUUACUUUAAACUAGUUGUAUGCUCAUUUAGUGAUUGAUUUUGUUUACUUUUUAAAUGAUAAAUUAUAUGAAAACAAAUAUCCCCUAUGAACCACCCUUGAAAAGCUCAAUUAAUGCACUUUCACAUAAAGUACAAAAACUCCAUUUAGAAAUAAAAUGUCUUAAAUUUAAAUAUUUCUCCAGGAAGUUAUCUAAGGUGACCAAAAAUUUUAAGAAAAUAUUGAAAUAUUUUACUAAUAGUAUGAAAUAAUAUAUAUUAACAAUGAUUGGUUCAAAAUACUAACUAAGAUAAACAAACAAAUACAUUUUUAUUGUUCUAAUUAUGCUAUUUAUAAUAUCUUUCGUUUUAAUAUUUUCUUACAUUUUUUUUAGGAGAAACUGUUGUUCAGUACAAAUUUACAGUACUAGUGACAACUACUGGACCUGCCCGGAUAACAGGAUUACCGUUUGAAGAGGAUAUUUAUGUUUCUAAUUUAACUAUUAAAGACCCAGAAGUCUUGGUAUGUUUUAAAUAAAUGCAUUUAAUAUUAAAUGUUAUUUUUCAUAAUAAACUAUGUUUAGAAUUUACUCAAAACAUCUGUUAAUCAAAGAGGUAUUUUACAACCAGUGAAAAAGAAGAAGAAGAAGCCUCAAAAAAACAACGUAGCUGGUAAAAUGGAGGUUGACGAACCUAAAGCAGAAAAAGAAGUGGAAAAAAUGGAAGUUGAUGUGUCUGCUUAAUAUAAGUUUUCUUUCCGUUUAUAGGAAUUUUGUACAAACAUGUUUUAGAUGGUAAAUGACAUUAAUUGCGAACAUAACAAAUUGAACAGAAUAUUAAAAACUUCAAACGAAAAAUGACUUUAUGAUUUCUUUAAAGACAUAGUUAUAAAUAUUUAAAAACAGUAUUUUUUUAUAUAUAUAUAUAUAUACUAAUUAUAUUAUUUAAAUUUGUUAUUGAGUUAUGAAAUUUGAUAACUUAAAAUGCCUUUUAAAUUAAUAUUAUCCUUCAUCUGUCAUCUACUAUAUGUAAUUACUUGGUUUAUAAAAUAAACUGUUUAAUAGAAUUUUAAAGUGUACAAUUUUUUUUUAUUGUGAAAUUUUUACUAAACCGUUACAACCAGUGUAUAUCGUACCAUUAUUAAAAUUAUUUUGGUAUUCGUUGACAUUUGUAUGUUAGUUUUAGUAUUAGAAGCCAGGCAAAAUCAUUGUUUUUUGAUCAAUAUGAAUUUAAAAAAAUAUUGCAUAACCUUUUAAUACAUGUACAUAACAUUUUCAACUUAUUUUUUCAAGACUAACAAAGUAUUUAAGUUAUUUUUACAUAAUUCAAUAUUAUUUUCAAUCAUUUUUUUUUUAUAAGAAGUAAUUAUUGAUAACAAUAUGUAUGAAUAUUUUCAUUUUUUUAAUAUACAUAUUUUUGUGGGGGUACCAAAACCCAACUGUUUACGAUUGUUUUAGUAUCAAAAUUGUUGACUGUUAAAUAAAAAUAAAGAUAAUUACUCGUAUGAGGUAAAAUCUUUUUCAAUAGUUUGGUACUUGUUAUUAUAACUUUUCAAACUUAUUCCGGCAGUGAACAAACAUUCGCCAUCAAUCCUGACAAUAUCAACUGUACGUAAACAUGUUUGGUUUCGAUACCUCUGGAAUGACAUGCUUAAAAUUUCAAGUUGUAUCAUUAAAUACAUUAUUUUCAGAGUAAAUUAUUUUGAUAUUGUAUUUUAAACGUUUAAAACAUGAAGUACAUUUAUUUCUUAUUUUAUUAUAUGCGUGUUGCUCUAUAUGAUAAUCCUUUUCUUUUUAGCUUCUAAGUGUAUACUUUCAUCACAAUAUUUCAAUUAUAAAAAAUGUCAUUACUGAUUUACUAACAAAUAUAAUUCUAAUAAAUAUUUAUAAUUUGAAAUAUUGAAACAAUAUAUAACUCAAAUUUUAUGAUAAAAAAAAAUAUUUAUAAUUGCACAACACAGAAAUGAAAACUAAAAUAUUAUCUAUGAUAGUUUAAUAUGAGCACAAAUACUUUAUUAUUUUUAUAUAACAUAUUUCUAUAAAUUAUUAACAAAAUAUAAGUACACGAUUAUAUUUACUCAAUACAAAUUGAUAGUUUUGUUAAUUUUCUUUAGGAUUCAGUUGUACCUCGACCAAUUGGUAAGCUUUGUUUGCUGCACAAGCACAUUUGUGUGGUACAUCUAUGACAAAUUCUCCAGCAGCAUAAACGCUUUUAUUCCAACGUGCCGUAGAGGUGGAUUUUAGAUUUUCUACAGAUGGCAAUGAUUUGACCUAGAAUAAACAAUAUGAAUGUUUAUUUGAAAUAGUAUGUAGAAAUAAAAACUUAACUUGUUCUGGCAUUUCAGACUUGGCUUUGUUAGCAAUAGGCGUUAGAAUUGCAAUAAUUAAUUUUGCUAAUUCACGGGAAGUUUCUCCAUCUUUCCAUAAGCCUAAUUCAGAGGAUCCAAAUAUUGUUGCUCCAAAUAACGCUCCUUUUAUAGUAUAACUAA